AUGCUUACUGUUCAUGUGCAGAAUGCAGGAAGAGACUGCCCAUCGUUCACGUACCACGAAUUGGAGAGAGAAUGCAUGAUUUAUACCAGUAAUGCGGCGUCCGUAACAUCAUUGGCAUUUUUACCAUCAGCAAAAACUGACUUCAACGUUCGUACUGCAGUCAAAUUCUGUUAUCCAGAAAGUUUGAGAGUUUUUGAACAGUGCUCCGAGUUCGUAGCAUUCCGGGAUUACACGCUGGACGUUGAACCCCGUGAGAUCUUCGAUGACAUGCCAAGAAGCCGCGAUGGGCUGCAUGCUUGCAUCGAACUGUGCGUUCUUGCGCCUAAUUUCCAUUGCAAGGUAGGUGAAUACAUGAGACGGUGA